UUUAUGUGUGGGGAUUUUCUGCAUGAAGUCGACAACAUCACAGGGUUGAGGAUGCUGGGAUAUGUCAAGUGAAACCCCGCCCCAUCUUGUGUUUCUGUGCGACCCACAUCUGUUCUUAUAGUACAUCGAUGCCCAGGUCCCUUGUGCCGCGUCACAUUUCACGGAUUUACCCUUUUUCAAAACUAGAGACGUAAACUACAUCAACACUCCGGUAGCAAAGACGAUCCUCGACACUGAAGCUAAAUAACACGGGAAAAGUCAUCACUUAAGGGCGAAGAUGGUGUCCUUAUCUGUGCUGUGUCUGUCACUUCUCUUGUUUCAUACUCAUUUUUUACUGGCCAGGAAAGGAGGCAGUUUUGGGAAAGGCAGCUUUGGCUCAAAGAAGACCACCUCCCACAUCAGAAGCAGCACCAACACAAAAAAAAAUAAUCAGGGCUCCAGCGCUCAGGGUGGAUACCCCAAACAGCCUGGACAACCCAAUCAGGGAGGCUACCCUCUGCAAUCAGGCAGACCUGGGUAUCCAGGUAAUUACCCUCAGCAGGCAGGUGGAGGUUACCACAACCAGUUUCCAGCACGGGGCUCCCCGUACAGUCAUGGUGGUUAUGGAGGUGGAUACAUGAACUACAACCCAAACAACAAAGUCCUGAGCCCUCGCUAUGGGGGCAGCUUUGGAUACGGGGGUCAUGGCACUGGGGUCGGCUCUCCCUUUUCCCACUCAGUUCAGUCGAUGGGCAUGUAUCCUUCUGAUAAAUCCAGAGGGUUUGGACGCAGUGCCGUGAUGGCAGCAGCUGGAGGAGCUAUGGCAGGGAUGGCCCUGGGCUACGGGCUAGGAAGGUUCCCCCGUCCUCCCUUCCACUUCCACAGCCCCCAAGAGGAGUAUUACUACAACAACUACAUGUACAGGAAGUAUGGUACCAAGUCUACUGAUAGCAAUGACUACAGCAGAGACUACAGCUACAGCAAACCCCCUGAAACCUAUGAUAGCUACAUGGACUCCUGCAUGAAGAGAACCGACAUUCUGCCUGUGGAGAAUCAAAAGCCAGACAUAGAACCAUCUGUUACCACCACAACUUCUGUCAACCCGGCUCCAGACACUGGCACAGGCAGGAACACAAUGGAGACCAACAGCACUGGAGCAGAUAACUCCUCAACCACUGCACCUUCAAGUACACACACCCUUAAUCAGCCUGUAGCCUAUCCUGUGCCUCCAGCUUCACAGACUGUCAAUAGUGCUAAAGACGAUGAUACAGUUAGUAUUGUGGAAAUCGGCUACCCAGCACUGAUUGAGCAGAUAAAGGCCAGAAGAUGCUUGGAGCUGUACAUGGUCUACUCUGAAAAGUACUUGAAGAAAGUGACGGGUGGUGUGCAGGGAUUGAGUAUGGGCUCGCAAAGGCUUUUAGCUGUGGUCAUUAGUACUACACUGAUGCUAUUGAAUAGCAACAUGCUAGUGCUGCUGCACUGAGGCUUUCAUUGGCAGUGAUGGAUAAUGUUUUAAAGGAAUUAAUAUAUUAAUGGGGGGACAUGAUUGGGGAGAGCGGAACUUCUUGCCUUUUUAAGGAGUUUCUUUACUGUGUGUGGAUUUCUACAUUUUAUUUUGUCUUUAUAUUUAAGCAUUACAUUCUUAUGAAUGUGCUUCAAUGGCACCACACAGCCAGUCCAUUAGCGAUACUCUG